AUGGAUGAUGUCGUGGCUCCCAAAGGCACUCCGGGCCCUGAUGGUGCAGGUGUCGGUGUCCUUGGUGGCCUGAUGCCAGGCUUCCACAGCAGCGGCAGCUUCCAAGGCAGCAGUCCACUGACCGCCCCGACGACCUCCCCUGCGCCGCCCGCCCCUGCCCCUGCAUCUGGGCCUGCUACCACAGCCAGACUGCCCCGAAGUGCCCCAUCCCCAGGCCCCGACGAACUGGCCGCUGGCCUUGCAUUCAGUGACGUCUCUGAUGAACUUUUCCAGCUGCGGCCCCAGUUCGAUAACAACAACAACAACAAUUCGAGCCCAACCAUCACCGCUUCCAAUCCAAGCCAUACCACCAGCCCGUCACUCUCCAGGGCGACUCUUGCUUCCAAUCCCGCAACACCCAAUACCGGCACUGCGAGCACAUCACCCUCGACCCAACCUGCUGCUACCUCACAGUCCAACACACCGACCUCCACUGCCCAGCCGCGCAGACCAUCCCCCGGAUUAGCUGCCCGACUCAAGGCGCUCGGAUUCGGCACCUCGAACAAGAAACCCCCCGACCCUUCCCCGACAGCGCCUCAGCACGACCGCAUCGGUCGGCUUCCUGAAGACCAGAUCCGACAACUGGAGAAAAUACACCGGGCGAACUCCGUCAACUCGAUCAUUGAACGGCGCGGUCGCCCCUGGAAGGGUGCCACCGCUCCCCUUCACAGAUCCAAGUCGAUCGCCGACGACAGCUCGGAUAGGCCACAGGCCACACAGACGACCGAGUCAACCCCCGUGCAUGCGUCUUUGCAACUCGCUGUCGCUGUGCCCGAGACGACGUUGUCGAAUGCUUUCUUGCCGGAGAUUGCUGCCUCAGAACCUCUGAAUAUGGACACCCAGAAGUAUCGCUUGCCGGACCACACAAAUGGCAACGGCACCAAGGUGCAACUUGAGACAAGGCAGGAGCACCUUGAGCGAACGGCCAGGCCGCCCUCGCCCGACGAGGAUGUGACUAUUCCCCCUCCACCACCACCCAAGGACACUCCGCCCACGUUGUCAGCCGAGUUUACCCCUGACAUCUCCUCCUACUUUACGGCCAAUCACCAACGCCCAGGCUCAAUCUACACACUCUCCCGCGCCUCCUUUGCGAACCAGCUCGCCCAGCUGACGUCGCUACAACUGCCCGAUGCCGGCUCCCUCGCCAGCAAGGUUUCCGCCAUUCCCACUGCAGACCAGGCCUCCAAAGCUCUGAUAAACGCCGCGGAGCAGAUUCGAAGCUGGAUACAAAAAGCGUCCGAAGUCAUUGCUGGCCUGGACAGCGAAGAUGAUGUGGAAUGGGCAGCAGCUGGUGGGCGCGAAGGCCUGGCAGAGGUGGAAAGCGCUGCCGCUCGCUUCGAAGACCUGAUCAACGUUUAUGUCGGAGCGAUUGAGAAAUUACAGUGUCGAGAGGACAUUGCCAUUGUGCCGCCAGGGGACCUCAAGCGGGCUGUCGCUCAGAUGGAGGCCAUCAUCAACGAGUGGGCUAUCAUCGGAUCCACCCUGAACACGGUGAAACAGCAAGUCGAGAUCGCCAUGGAGUGGGAAGAACUGUGGAACAACGUCCUUGGCGACAUUCAGGGCGAGAUGGACGAGCUAUGCCGUCUGGUCUUCGAGAUGGAAGAACGACGCCACAAGUCUCUCAUGGCCGCUACUACCAACGACACAGUCGACAUUGGAGACUUGGAGACUAUCGUCGAAGAGACUCCCCCACAACAAACCAAGCUGCAGGUGCAGAACCGCUUCAGCCUCAGCACCUUCCCAAUGAGCCCCAGCUCUCCCGGCACGCCGACACUGUCACAGGAUGACUCCAGUCUUCUCGCGCUGUUCGCCCGCAUGCAGCCCUUGAAGGCGUCCCUAGAAUUUCUCCCCAUGCGGCUUUCCGUCUUCGAAGCCAGGGCCGAGAAGUCUUUCCCUACAGCCUGUGAGGAGUUGGACAUGCGGAGGAAUGGCCUGGAUGGCACCUACAAGAAGUUAGAGAAGGACGCCGAAUCCCUGCGCAAAGAGCUAGGCGAAGAUCGUUGGGUCCUUGUGUUCCGAGGUGCAGGACGACAAGCGCAGAAGAUGAUUGAGUCUGUGGAACGUUCACUCCUGAAGCUGAAAGAUUCGGUUGACGCGGGCCACCAUCUCACGAGCGCCCCCGCGCUCAGCAAGAAGAUCGAGAGCUAUGAUGCCAAGCGAACUCACUACGGCCCAGCUAUCGAGAGGGUUCUCUCCAUCAUUGACAAGGGCGUUAAGGAUCGCCUGACAGUCAAUGGCGAGAUCCUAAGGCUGCUUGCUGAGAUGGAAGCGAAGUGGGGAUCCUUGAAGGGGCAGAUGACGGAUAUGGAUGCGACUUUGGACGAGAUUCACGUUGACCAGCGCGCGCCGCAACUGCGGGACUCAGUCUCGAGUAUGCUUUCGAAUGACCGUUCGACGAUCGACAGCGGACGCGAAACACCAGGCAGCUCCCCGCCAUCCUCUGUCAUCAUGUCGAGCUUGGGCUUGGAUCCUAUUACGCCGACUGGGAAGCCCCGCAAUGUUCGCCCUACAGGCAGCAACGGCAAGGCCUCGCACCCAAGCAACCGUCGGUAUUCGUCCAUGCCCACACCGGCCUCCCAAGUGUCGCGAAAGCCCCUGACGUCUCGUAUGUCUACAUUGGGCACAUCCAACCUGCCGACUCCGGGCGGCAAGAUUCCUCGUCCUGGCUCGACCCUUGCCAACCGACCAAAAUGGAACCUGUCAAGCAACACAUCGGAUGUCGGGACCGGCCAUAAUUUCAAGCCCCUGUCGUUGACGACACCUAGCCCGCCGCAGUCCUCUCAAUCGAUCCUCCUCUGCUUCGCCCAUGUUGGAGGAAACACCGACCAAACCUAG